AUGUCAGGACUACUGAAUGAAACAGUACCUGUAUCUCUUUCUACAGGCUUUUCCAAAAAUCAUGAAGAAUCAGUCAUUCGCAGAAAACAAACUACAUUGAAUCAACACCAAUCCUACAACAUGAGACAAAAGAAACUUGACGAAGACGAUGAAAUUAGGGACAUUAUAGAAAAAACUUCAAAGUUGCAGAUACAGAGCCAGCUGUCGAUAUCUUCAAAGUUCAUCAAAUUUUUCAGUCCCUUGAUUCUAACGGCUUUAUCAGCCUUGGUUCGAAUAUAUCGUAUCGAUGCAGCCAAGUACGUGGUUUGGGAUGAAGCACAUUUUGGUAAAUUUGCCUCCUACUAUUUGAAAAGGGAAUUCUAUUUCGACGUUCAUCCUCCCUUGGGCAAACUUCUUGUUGCUCUUUCGGGAUACUUGGCAGGAUAUGAUGGGAACUUUGUGUUUGAGAGUGGUAAAGAGUUUCCUGAUUCUAUGGACUUUGUGUUUAUGCGGGUUUUCAAUUGUGUUUUUGGUAUACUAGUCACACCGUUGGCAUACAGAACGGCGGUGUUGGCGGGUUUCAGUCAUUGGACGUGUUGGUUUAUAUCAUUAAUGGUUAUAUUUGAGCAAUUGUCAUUAACCUUGUCCAAGUUCAUCUUGCUCGAUUCGAUGUUGCUUUUUUUUACUGUAUUUACUUUUUUUUGCUUGAUCAACCUCCACCAGGCAUGUGUUCAACAAAAGGAAUUUUCUAAAGCCGGGCUCAAAUGGUUUAUACUAACAGGAGUUUCAAUUGGAUGCGUUUGUUCUGUAAAGUGGGUUGGCCUUUUUGUUACCGUAUUGGUAGGGUUGUAUAUAGUGUAUGAUUUGAUGGUAAAGUUUUUCCAAUUGACCUCAACUGAUUCCAUGAAUUUGAAGUCGUAUGUGAAACACUGGUUACUAAGAGUUGCUUCAUUGAUCUUUGUUCCAAUCGUUAUUUAUAUGCUCGCUUUUAAAGUUCAUUUUAUGGUGUUGAAUCAUACUGGUCCUGGAGAUGGUUCUAUAUCUACGCUACUACAAGCAUCACUAAUUGGAAAUAAUUUACAAUUUGGACCACGAACUGUUGCUGAUGGCUCGAUUGUAACAAUUCGCUCGCAGGGUUUGUCUCCCAACUUGUUACAUUCACAUCCUCACAGUUAUCCUGAAGGUUCAGGCGAUCAACAAAUCACCACAUACGGAUUCAAGGAUGAAAACAACGAAUUUGAAGUCGAACUUGCCAGUGGCUCAAAGCUUGGUGAGUUUAUAACUCAGGAUAGCUCCAUCAGGAUAAAACACGUCAAAACUGGGUAUUACUUGGGAGCACAACCGAUUGCAGCACCAAUUACCAAAAAAUAUUUCGAAGUUUCCUGUUCACCUUUAUCAAAUGUAUCAUUUACAGCCCAUGACUGGGUACUCGACAUACAAUCGCAAGAGAUUUCUCGAUCAAAACAUUUCCAAGAUGAAAACGAAUUGGAGUUACAUCCCAUCUCAACAGCAUUCCGAUUGAAACAUAAAGAACUUGGAUGUUUUCUCGCCACCACGGGUAACUCAUUACCUUCAUGGGGUUACCAACAAGGUGAAGUUGUUUGCAAAUACCCUUUUUUUUCCCAGGACAAAACCACAUGGUGGAAUGUAGAAGAACACCGCAAUGAACAUUUGCCAACUCCUGAAACUGAAUAUGUUCCUCCAAAUCCGAAAUUUUGGAAGGAAUUUGUGCUUUUAAAUUAUGGAAUGAUGGCGUCAAAUAAUGCUCUUGUUCCCGACCCAGACAAAUUUGAUAAAUUGAGUUCUGAGUGGUGGGAAUGGCCAAUUUUAAAUACUGGAUUAAGAAUGUGCGGAUGGGGUGAUGAUGACACCAAGUUUUUCUUGAUGGGGAACCCAGUUGUUACUUGGUUGUCGAAUAUUGGAAUUGUUUUUGGUGCAAUUUAUAUGUUGUUUACAUUGUUCAAAUAUCAAAGACAAUGUGAAAACACCGGCAUCUUAACUGAUACCUUGAUUGCUCAGUGUAUUUUACCAAUUCUUGGAUGGGUAUUGCACUAUUUACCCUUUAUCGUCAUGGGAAGAGUCAAGUAUUUGCAUCAUUAUGUUCCUGCUUUAUAUUUUGCAAUCUUCCUGACGGGGUUUUUCAUGGAUAAACUAGCUGGACGCAAUAGGUACGUGCCUCGAGUUUUCAAACUUGUCAUUUAUAUAGUGGUUUAUGCUUCGAUUGUUUUUGCUUUUUGGUAUUUAAAAGAUCUCGCUUUUGGUAUGGAAGGAUCUUCGAAGCACUAUCGAAAAUUGAAAUUGUUGAACAGUUGGAUGAUCUAA